AUGGAACCAAUUGUUGCACAUCGUCCCGUAACUAUGCUCAUGAUUCCAAAUACUAACAAGGUUGCUCUGCCGUCCAACUUUAAAUCCUAUGAUCACUACUUGACGAUUGGAUUCCUCAAGAGUUGCUUCAUUUGCAAAAAGGAUUUAGGUGAAAUGGUUGACAUUUUUAUGUACAAAGAUCAAUCCUUCUGUAGUGAUGGUUGUCGCAACAAACAGAUGGAUAACGAUAGAGAAAAAGAAAUAAACAAUCGUGACAAGGUGAUAAAUGGUAGGCGAAGCCGUAAGACUUUGUUUCCAAAAGGGAACAAGAAAGACAUCUUCUUCAUCGGUGAUGUAUGA